AUGUCUGAACGCCGGCGGAGAAUCGUCAUAGACGACGAGGACGAUUAUGGAUCGAAAGGCAGUUCACAGAAGAGCAACGGCAAGCGUGGAGCACCUUCGAGCAGCCAGAGCCAUUCUUCGGGAUCACAGAAGCGGGUCAUGCGCGACGUCGACGACGAUUACAGUGAUCAGGACGACCAUGCACCAAAAACGAUCCGAGUAACGACUGUAGGAUCUAAGGUCCACGAUAUCUUGCCCGAGGACUUUGAGCGGUUUGUCAAGGAUACUGUGCGCCUCGCUAUCUUCUCAUCCCAUUCUGAGGCUGCUACCGUCAAGAGAGAUGAUAUCAAAGCUCUGUUGGGCACCCAUACCAGACUGUACGACACUGUGUUUGAAAGAGCUCAGGAGCGACUUCGGAAGGUGUUUGGUAUGGAGAUGGCUGAACUUACCACCAAGGGCCGAUCAGGAAAGAACGAGGAAAAAGGAACGAAGACCUAUAUCCUCAGGAAUACGCUUCCAUCAGACCUCUUGGGCAGCGAGUCUCUGGACUGGGAUGAUCAGUUGGAAGACCAAGGACUUUUGAUGGUCAUCCUGAGUCUUAUCAUGGUCCGCGAAGGAGUUAUCUUCGAGAGCCAUUUGAAGGAACAUUUCAGACGAUUGAAGCUUACGGAGGAGGGCGGUGACAUUGACAAGAAGAUGGACAUGUUUAUGAAGAGGCGGUACAUUGAAAAGUCGAAGAUGGAGUAUUUGGACGACUCGGGCGAGAAGAUCGAGAUGGAGGUCCGUUGGGGUGCAAGGGCGAGGGCUGAGAUUCCAGAGGAGAAUGUUGUACGGUUUAUUGAGGAGAUCUUUGGACCGGAAGCGCCAAGGACUCUGCGCGAGAGUAUUGUCAAGGCCUCCAACAUCAAGAUGAAGGCAGCACAGGACAAUGGUGCUGAUGGUGCUGAUGCAGCCGAGAACGGUGCACCUGGCUCCUCGAGCAAUGUCAUCCGUCUUUAA